AUGCCUCUGGCCUGGGCCCUGGUGCUGCUCCUGGGCCUGAGCGCCCGCCGAGACUGGGGCUGCCUGCAGUGUGACCACUCGGUGCGGGAGGCCUUGAAGCAGCUGCGCCUCGCCCUCAUCCCCAGCCGGUUCCAACAGGGGCAGCUGCAGGCCCGCGCUCAGGUCGUGCUGCGGGGCAUGGAAGGGCCUUUCUUCCGGGACUACGCGCUGAACGCCUUUGUGGGCAGAGUGGGGAUAGACCAUCUGGACCUAGUGGCGUCCUUUGUCAAGAAUCAAACAAGCAACUUAAUGGCUAAUUCUCUGAGAGAUGAGCCUCUGCUGGAUGAGCUGGUGACUCUUAGGGAGAGGGUAAUCAAGGAACUCAAGAAAGUGUUAAGAUCAUAUGAAUUAAAAGCCUGCGAUCCCAAAAUUUGCCGCUUGCUGAAAGAAGAAGUCCUGGAUUGUUUACAUUGUCAGAUGAUCAGUCCCAAAUGCAUCAGAGCAAAGUACUGUUUCAUCGACGGGCAGCCCCGCAUGGACCUGCAGUAUCAUAAGAAAAAUGAAUUCCAAUGGAAUCCUGGCCUGACUGGCAGCAUCAUUUCCGUGUGUCUGGCUGUCUUGGCCUUCGGUGUCAUCGUGGCUUCGGCUAUUACAUACAGGCGAAACCGAAAACUCCUGCUUCAGUAG